CUAAGCUGCUGCCUUGCCGAUGUGGCCCUUGUUUAAGGAUAGCCCCAGCUUUCAAUGCUCUGAGUAACAAAUAUCCCCAGGCAACUUUUUUGGAAGUAGACGUGCAUCAGUGCCAGCAAAUCUACCGACAAUGUGAAGUCCAUUCAAAGAAUGCCUGAGUGUGUAAAGGAUUAGGAGGAUCUGAAGAAUUUAAAUGAACUUCGAACUGUUGUCUGAGGGAACAGCUGCUACCAAUAAUAUAUCAGCAACACCGACAUUUCUGUUUUUCCGAAACAAAGUGCGAAUCGACCAGUAUCAAGGAGCAGAUGCUGUAGGUUUAGAAGAAAAAAUUAAACAGCACCUGGAGAAUGAUCCUGGAAACAGUGAAGAUACAGAUAUCCCAAAAGGAUAUAUGGAUUUAAUGCCAUUUAUCAAUAAAGCCGGCUGUGAAUGUCUUAAUGAGAGCGACGAGCACGGAUUUGAUAAUUGUUUACGUAAAGACUCUACCUACUUGGAAUCAGACUGUGACGAGCAGCUGCUUAUUACUGUAGCUUUUAGUCAACCUGUCAAGCUUUAUUCUAUGAAACUUCAGGGGCCAGAUAAUGGGCAAGGUCCAAAGUACAUAAAAAUCUUCAUCAACCUUCCUCGAUCUAUGGAUUUUGAAGAAGCAGAAAGAAGUGAACCAACUCAAGCCCUGGAGCUGACACCAGAUGAUAUUAAAGAAGAUAGUAUUGUCCAGCUUCGCUAUGUAAAAUUUCAGAAUGUUAACAGUGUAACUUUGUUUGUCCAAUCCAAUCAUGGUGAUGAAGAGACAACAAGAAUUACAUACUUCACGUUUAUUGGAACUCCAGUCCAAGCAACAAAUAUGAAUGACUUCAAGCGAGUGGAGUUUGCAGAAUUGGAGAUUGGAAGGAGACUUGGUAGUUGGCAAAAAAGGAGAGAGCCACUAGGACGCAGAAGACACUGGAAGGCCUUAUUGCAAUCAAAGAGAUCUUCACUUUUAUCUACACCUCCUGGAUAAUUGCUUGACCAUAACCAGAGACUGUCAAUCUGUUUCAUUUAAUGCCAUUACCAAUAAAUCAUUGCUUUUGUUGAGAUGGAGUUUCCCUAGUGUGUUUCUGUUGUAAUCCUCGUACAUGUAUUUGUAAAUAAAAUUCAU